AUGGAGGGUUCAGCCGGACCUUACAUCGCCAGACAGUUGACAAGUAACAUCGAAAAAGGUAAUUACAUGUUUGUUUCGAGGCUUGACCGUGAUAAGGUCCUUUUAAAGGCAUUUGAUAGCCUGUGAUAAUUAUAUUUUGUUUUGCUCUGUUUUGUUUUUGUUUGUUUCAUACCUUUCUACCACAACAAUGUUGUCAAGCGGCGGCAGUUGGUGGAAUAUUCAAGAUUUAGCUGGUUCUUUGACGUUUCCCCUUUGCAAUAAGGGAAUGAAUUUGUUAUCUGAUUAUUUUUUGGCAGCAUUUUAACCUGGUAGGAGGCCGAACUUUAAAUAACCUAUAUCCUUAAUCGGCUAAAGCAUGUUUUAAGCACACGUCAAUACUCACCAGACCACGCAAUCAGAGCACGCUUUAUUCAUCGAAAAUCAAAAAUAGUUUAGUAAUUUCCAAUGCGUUAGAUUGAACGUUAAAUAGUAAGUCCAACUAUGAGAGGCAAUUAGAUCUGAGAAAUCCUUUUUUGUAAGACACAAGUUCUGAUAGAGUUUUCACAACUUGCUCAUUUCAUCGGUUCUUGUGUGUCACGUAUCGAGCCUUACGCUCACUUGAAGAUUUGAUGAUAGCACCUUUCACUUUGAACACGUAAAUUCUUAAAUUCUUUUCCUGAUUUCUCUAACUCCACGCCACCCUCAAGAGAUACCUUUCAUUCACGUUUCUUUCCCAAACAAUGCAAUUUAGCCCAUUAAGAUGCUUUCCAUACCAGAUUUAAAACAUUGUUAAUUACUUUGAUCCUCUUGCAGGGUCUUAUGCACUUAAUACCCCCCAUUAUGCGGCAGGUCAUAAAAGUCAUGCGUUUUAAGCCAAAAUAGAAUCUGAUCAUGUUUGUUUAGUAGUCAUAAGUUCACCCACUCUAUCACGUCACAACAGUGACCUCCUGAUCAAAGGAAGUAUUUUUCGGUCAGAAGUAACUCUUCGUGCGAACUAAGCUGACUAAAGCAUCGUCACCAUAAACAGAUAAAGUGGUAACCUUUCCAUUGAUGACCUUGAUUAACACCGCUGUCGGCCUAGCCGUCAGGAGUGAUAUAAGCUAAUUUCUCUUCUUAGCUGCGAGUCACAUAUCAAGCAUCGCAAGUCAUCGUCAAUCCUAAAAGAGUCCACGAGCAAGAUGAAACUGGCUGGAUUUAUUGCAGCAUACAUGUUCCUAGUAUUCUUCUUCACAGGUAGAUAUUACUGCUUUCGUUAUUUUCCUAGACUUCUUUUAAAUAAUAGGGUAGUUGUCUGCAUUAGCCCUGAUCAUAUCAUUCGUGAUUUUCACUCAGCGUCACUCGAUGGAGAAAAUUGGUGAAUCUCUGACUGAGAUCGAUGUAAUUUGAAAGAUUCCUCUAGUUUCUCGUUUAUAGCUUUUUUUAAAACCAGUUUUAUACCUUUUACAUACGAUCUAAUAGCCAUCCCAUCCAUAAGACAACAGAAGUGGAGCCUGAUAGACACAAACUCGACUGCUAGUAUCCUAAUGUUGUACGAAACCAGAAUAACUGUCGGCUGGACGGGCCGCUCGACCAUGAUAGAAUUAAAUACUACACAAUUACCCUCAACAUGCACCUUUUUCAUUUUGGUAGAUUUGCAAGCUGCAAAAGAUUACUCACGUUUGGAGGAAGUCUGCCGUCUGCCCAAAAAGCGUGGACCAUGCUGGGAUGCUUCUGUGCGAUACUUUUAUGACGCGAAUACUAGAAAAUGCAAGCCGUUUAUUUACGGUGGUUGCUUAGGAAACAAGAACAACUUUUGUUCUCUCCAAGCUUGCCAAAUGAAAUGUCCAGGUAAGACCAUGUAGCUACUAAUUAUGGUAUCAAAAUUCAUUUGAGCACUUCUUUGGAUCUUUGCCGAAGCCUACUGAUCCUGUCAACCAUAGUUUUAAACAAAACUUUACUGUGUGGGUAACUCUAAAGUUUAUCAUUUUCUGGGCUUCCUUGUAAUGGAAGUUCUGAAUUAACUGAGAGAAGUCUACAAGGAAAAUAAAUUUAUCAUAAAAUAUUAGUUUCGUGUGUAAUAACCUGUCUAACCAUUUAUAUCAUUACUGGUGAGAAUCUUUUCACGGGAAAUCCAAAGCAUCAUCGUGUUUCUAUGCUAUAAAAGGCGCAAAAAUCAGAGGAACGUACUGAUUGAUUAUCAGCGGGUAAUAACCGUUGUGCCUAACUUCUUCAUCUCCGUUGUUGUCGUCCACAAGGGGUGAUAGGAAAGUGCUCCCUCCUGUAAAGAUUCGCCACUUAAUGAUCGCCCUCAACUGAUCAAAUAGUCAAAAUCUUGGUAUAAUCAUCGUAAUCAAGUGUAAUUUGUAAGAUGUCUCUGGUAAACUUGUUAAGUAUACCUCGUACAUACAACUUAGCUGUCACCCGACCACAGAACAAGGGAAGGGGUAAGGGAUGGACACUAACUUGAUCCCUAUGGUAGCUUCAUGACGAUGACCAUAGUCACUGUCGUCUAGUGGCUCAAGUACAAACUUUACCCUUCAUAUUACAUGAUUACCCUGAACUCGCAAUUUUCACCUUAUAGUAGAUGUACAAGCUGAAAAAGAUCGUUCAAGUAUGAAUGAAGUCUGCCGUCUUCGCGAAGAGCCAGGACCAUGCAGGGCUGCGUUUCCGCGAUUCUUUUUUGAUACGAAUACCGGACAAUGCCGCCUGUUCAUUUACGGCGGGUGCCAAGGAAACAAGAACAACUUUCGUUCUCUCCAGGCUUGUCGAAUGAAAUGCUCAAGUAAGACCUUCAUUUUUUUCCCCUUGAUAUAUAUAGCCACUUCUUAUGGUAUUAAGGUCUAUUUGAUCACUAACUUAUAUGAGAAAACCGCACAGGGCAAUUAGAUGCCAUCAGUUUUGGUGGCUGGAGGAUUUUAUUUAUGUACAUUUCCUUUUUGGUAGAUCUGCAUGCUGCAAAGGAUUGUUCAGAUUUGAAUGAAGCCUGCCGUCAGCCCAAAGAGGUUGGACCAUGCAGGGCUGCAUUUCCAAGGUUCUUUUUUGACGCGAAUAUCGGACAAUGCCGGAAAUUCAUUUACGGUGGCUGCCUGGGAAACAAGAACAACUUUCCUUCUCUCCAAGCUUGCCAAACAAAAUGCCCAAGUAAGAUCAUGUUAUAAUACAUGUGGCUACUUAUGGUAGUAUGAAGUUUAUUUCAACAAUUUUGGAAACCAUUUCGCGUGACAAUCAAUUUAUUUUAGCUUUGGAGCUUUGCUGAGACUUAGUAUACUUUUCCUGUAAAGCAUAAUAUUAAACGAAAUCUUACUCUCUGGGCGACAGCUGUAUGAAGUUAACAAUGAUCUUAAAAACGUCACAAAUCUAAGAAUAUGUAUAAUCGUUAGUUACAAAUGAAAAUCCAGCCUACAUCAUAUUCACGGUGUAAGUGAAGACUGAACAUACAGUUUUGAGUUUGUGUAUCGUUCUUGAUCAUUCAUAUAUCUUUUCCUCAAUGUGAGAUCGAUUUCGUUGUCAUUAAGUAAUAAAGUUGCAUAUCCUGGAGGAGGAAGAUCCAUGUGGUCAGGACCCACCCCUUCCCCUCAUCAGAACGCUGGGUAUUUUUGGACUACUUGUCUGACAAUUAAGUUUAUGUGAUUACACGAUCAUAAGCUGCUGCCCAAAAGGAAUGAACCCGUAAUAAAUCUAUAAAGUAAUGAAGAGAUGACUUUAAAUAUACGAAAAUCAUAUCUGUAAAGUGCGGAUUAAGAAAAGAGUAUGAAAGCGAUUUCAUUUCUUAAUCCGCAGCUCACAUGUAUGAUUUUCAUACAUGCACAGUUAUUUAUAUAUUUUGGUUUGGCAGACUUAAAUGCUGACAGAGAUUGAUCAAGUGUGAAGGAAGUCUGCCACCUGCCGGAAAAACCUGGACCAUGAAGAGCUUCUUUUGAGCGACACAUUUUCGACAAGUAUACUAGAAAAUGCUGCCAGUUCAUUUACGGUGGUUGCUUUGGAAACAAGAACAACUUUCGUUCUCUCCAUGCUUGCCAAAUUAAGUGUC